AUGCCUGAAGCAAUGAAGUCCAGCAGCAAGACUCCCGAUGUCCUUGCUCCUGCUUUUCCAAUCCCAGCGCCUCCUCCUGCCACCCCUACUGAUGGAGAUUUCCAGCAUACUCCUCCGGACAAUCCCGGUCUGGAGCUGCUCCAUCAAAAAUUUAUGAAUAGGAAACCAGCCAACAAGAGCGGACCACAAACGCAACCUUCUCCGAAGAGUCCUUAUAGUCCUUAUCACAGUGAGGUACGGAACCAUGGAGACUUCAAGACGGAAGAUGUCUCUCUCCCUCCGAAGACGGACAAAGAGGGCUAUCCUAAUAAGAAGCCAAAAAGCAGGAUGGAUAUCUCCGAGCUCCUAUGGUCAGAGAACGAAAUCCCAAAGCGCCAUGUCAUUCCUGUGACUUCGAGCCACGCACCAUCAACAGUAGAAGUUGCAGAUGGCUCCCCUGGCGAUCAGCUAACUACCACAUUCUCGUCUGAGAUGCCUCCUGGCGAUCGCACCGCCAAAAAACACUGGGCAAAGUGGUCCGCGGAAGAAGAUGAGUGCAUUAUUCGACUCCGGGGGAGUGGUACGAAAUGGAAGGAUGUCAGCGCACGCCUGCCAGGUCGAAGCCACAUCAGCUGCCGCUUACGCUAUCAAAACUAUCUCGAAAAGGGUUGUAACUGGGACGAGAAUCAGAAAACCAAACUGGCACGGCUAUACUAUAGGUUUAGAAAAGAGAUGUGGACGAAAGUUGCGCAGGAGCUGGAAGUACCAUGGCGAGUUGCAGAGCGUAUGCACUGGGAGCUCGGAGAAGAUGAUAUGUCUCAAAGGGUUGGUGCCAUGCCAUUCAAUGCUGAGUCAAGAGGGUGUAGGAGAGCGAUGAGAUGUUGCUGUGACUCGGCCUCAGAGGACCUCGGUUUUGUGAGUUUCUUACAGCCGGAUGAAAACCACGCUGCCACUCCGGUAUCUAACCGGGAGCCGUCGGCGAAGCCGGUAGAGCUAGCGGAUGCCUCUCUAGGCGAUCAGCCAUCUGUCACAUCCGUGCCUGAGAUGAUGACUCUUGGGAACCGUACCCGCAAAGACUGGUCCACAGACGAAGAUGAGGCCCAACUUCUGAGGAGCGGCAGGGAAUGGGUCGAUAUGAGCAUAUUGGGUCGAAGUCGCCUAAGAUGUGAUGUCCCAGGCUGCCCGUGGACCGGGCGCCUUCUCUGUGAAAAAAGUUGUGACAUGAGCAACUGCAAGAAACGUUUUGGAAAUCAAGCUGAACUUAGAAGGCACCAAAAAUCUGUCCAUGGGGUGUUGGUAGGUCUAGCCUAUAAAUGCGCGGCACAAUAUUGCGAUUCAGAAAAGAUAUGGCCACGAAAGGACAAUUUCAAGACCCAUAUUCUCAAAAAGCACCCAGAUUGCAAUCCUGACCUACUUUUGCAGAGGUCAGAUUCCUACUUUAUGAAACACCAACAUGCAGAUAGCCCUGACAUCAGUCUAGGUCGCAAACAUACUUUGAAACUGAAUGAUAUAUGA